AUGCUUGAAGAGGCCUCUCCACUACUUGGUGGACAGCAGAAAGCGGCGUCGAGGUGGUCAUCAAUCUACUGGCUGUCUACUGUCGUCUUCUGCCUGUCCGCUGCGGGGUCCAUUCUCAAUGUACCUCUAACGCAACUCAUCGAAGAAAACAUCUGCAGCCGAUAUGUUCAGCAAGGCGCUCCGAUUGAGCGGCACUGCAAGACUGACGAGAUUCAGUCAAGGUUGGCUUAUCUCAAUGGCAACCUCUCCCUCGUGGAGGCCGUUGUCGGACUUUUUGUUGCAUUUCCAUUUGGUGUCCUGGCCGACAGAGUUGGUCGAAAACCGGUCAUUUUUCUAUCGGUGAUUGGAACCUCACUUGCCCUGGCCUGGGAAUUAGUUGUUAUUGCGUUUCCAAAGAUAGUUCAGGUUCAGGCAAUCCUGGCUGGUCCGUUGUUUACGGUAGUUGGGGGUGGAAACACAGUGCUCCUCGCUAAUCUGUACUCGAUCGCGUCGGAUUUGGUGGCUCAAUCAGACAGAGCUUCCGCCUUCUUCCUGAUGGCAUUCUCCAGCCUAGUGGGUGCCUGUCUUGGCCCAGCGCUUUCCUCCGAGCUCAUUGAAACUUUUUCUCCUUGGAUUGCGGCCUUAGCCAGUUUCUUCGUCAACUUGAUCUCUUUGAUUCCGCUGUUCUUCGUACCCGAAACUCUGUCUAUAUCGAUACCGGACUCUAACACCCCCGAUGAUAAUUUCGAUCCGGAAGAAUCACAGCCCGACACUCUCAAGUUCCACUUAUCUCAGUCCCUUCAACUCCUCAUCGCUUCCCUCGAAUCGCUCAAGUCUUAUUCUAUGGCCCUCGUCUUGUCCACAUUUCUCACGAUCGUGCCCGGGAUCCUGGGCACUUCUCAGUUCAUGGCCCAGUACAUAAGCAAGCGCUUCGACUGGCCACUCGCCGAAACGGGCUACCUACUGACGCUCCGUGGGGUCAUUCACAUGGCCGUCCUGCUCUUUAUACUACCGCUCCUCUCCAAGCUGCUUUUGCGAUAUCGCAAUCCAGCCGUCAAGGAUUUGAUACUCGCACGUGCAUCGGUUGUAUUCGCCGCUGUCGGGGCGCUUUGCAUGGCGGCGCCGCAGAUAUGGGUGGUAAUGGCUGGGCUAGCGGUGCAUAGUUUAGGGUCGGGUCUGGCCCCGCUGUGUCGCUCACUUGCAACUACCUAUGUGGCACCACAGGACACGUCUAAACUAAACACGGUAAUUGGCAUAGCUGAAACAACAGGAUCGCUAUUCGCAGGGCCUGCCCUUGCCUGGUUGUUUGAGACCGGGAUGAGGCUCGGAGGCCUAUUGUUUGUUCGGACCCCUCCCCUGGAAGAGGUGAGGGACAGUGACUAG